GUGGUACAGCAAUGUUUUACGCGUGUGUAACAUUGUAGUACAUGUGUAUCAGAACGAACACUAUCUCGGCUUAUAGGGGUACACAAGAGGUAUGGACACUGCGUGAGAUAUUCUGUCAAAUUUGCACUUAUUAUUGUACAUCCUAGACUCAAGAAAUGUCGUUUCACAACCAUAAAGGGAUGGGCGUGGCAGCCCUGGUUGCCGUGCUCGUGUUUGUCCUUGGAAUUCUCAUUGGUUUCUUCUCAAAGACGUUCUAUGGGCCGAACUCCGGAGCCUGUCCGAGUGCUAAGCUUGAUCAGCUGACGAAGGAGGCGGAUCAUGGAAUCACAGACACUCUACAGGGCUUGAUUGAUGUUCAACAUAUGGAUAAUGUUUAUAGAGAGCUGACAUCCAAACCGAGGCUUGCUGGAACAGAUAGUCAGAGGGAAAGCGCUGAUUAUGUACACAACCUGUUUAAAGAAUAUGGUCUGGCGUCACAGAUAGAAACGUAUGAUGUGUUCUUGUCUUAUCCAGUAGAGGGACAGAACAACUACGCUGCAGUGAUAGACGAAGACGAAAAUGUUCAGUACCGUACAGUGUCUCUGGAAGAGCUUACUCGAGAAGAUACCAGACAUCCAGACGAAAUACAGGCCUUUAAUGCCUUUUCUCCAAGUGGUGACGUCAUAGCUGACUUGGUGUAUGCUAAUUAUGGACGGGCAGAAGAUUUUGAUAAACUUCAUGAACUUGGAAUCAACUGCUCCGGUAAAAUCGUCAUCGCUAGAUAUGGAAAAAUCUUCAGAGGAAAUAAGGUUCUGUUUGCCCACCAAGCUGGGUGUGUAGGAGUGAUACUGUACUCGGACCCCGCCGACUAUGGUCCACCGCCGUCGAACUCAACAUCCGGUAUGGCUGACCCGUACCCCGACACUUGGUGGCUACCGGAAACUGGUAUACAGAGGGGCAAUAUCAUAAUGACCAAAGGUGACCAAGCGACUCCCGGAUACCCCGCCUUAUGGUAUACACAGAGGUUAUCGGAGGAGGAACUAAAGGACAAACUCCCAGUGAUCCCUUGUCAUCCUAUUGGAUAUCGGGACGCAUUUAAUAUUUUGGGGGAGAUGGAGGGGGAUGAAGUACUACCGGAAUGGCGAGGAAACCUAAACAUCACCUACAGGUUCGGCCCAAGAUUACGAGGUAACAGGAAAAUAAAGCUUGUAGUCAAUAACGAGAAUCGCACAGUUCCAAUACACAACGUGAUAGGCCAGAUCACAGGUGCUAUUGAACCAGAUCGCUACGUCAUAUUUGGAAACCAUAGAGACGCUUGGAUCUAUGGAGGCGCCGAUCCAGCUUCCGGUGGGAUCGUUCUUAUAGAAAUAGCUCGAAUAUUUGGAAAAUUGUUAGAAACAGGUUGGCGUCCAAGACGAACUCUUUUGUUUUGUAGCUGGGACGCGGAGGAAUAUGGACUUGUAGGUUCUUACGAAUGGGUAGAGGAUAACCUAAAAUGGCUGACGUCAAAUGCAGUGGCUUACAUAAAUAUAGACUCUGCUGUAUCUGGUAACCGGACUCUGCGUCUAAAGACUGUUCCUCUGUUACAACAAGUCUUUUUCGAUGCCGCCAAACAGGUACCAGAUCCCCAUAUUACCAGCCAGUCUGUUUUUGAUGUUUGGCGAGGAGAGCUGGAUAAACCAAGAACGUAUAGGAUCGGCUCGGGAAGUGACCACACGCCAUUUGUAGCUAAUGCCGGAGUGCCAUCACUUUAUGCAAAAUUUGCUAAGACGGACGAUUGGGAAUCGACAGGGACACCUUUAUACCAUACUAGAUACGAAACUACUACUCUGUUGAUGAUGAUAGAUCCUGGAUACAAAAUCUCCAGUACUAUGGUGGGACUUUUGGCGGAGACGGGCAGACGACUCUCAGAUUCACUUAUUCUACCCCUUGGAGUCGGAGACUAUGUUAAAGAUUUGAGGGAGUCAGUGAAUUCAUUAAACACGUCUGUCUUCGGAAUCGUCGAAGAGAAAUAUUUAAAUGGUGUCAUAAUGGGUAGUGAAGCUCUCGCUGAAGCCGUUGACAAGUUUGAGAAGACAGCGGAAGAAACUGACAUGCAAAAUCCCAUCGCGAUCCGGAAUGUAAACGAUAAAAUGAUGGCUGUAGAAAGGGCAUUCCUUGAUAUCAAUGGUAUACCAUACCGUCCACAUUACAAACAUCUGUUGCAUACACCAAGUGCUACGAACCACUACGGCGGACAAGGUUUUCCGGGAGCGGAGGAUCUGUUCUUCCGGUGGAACCACAACAAGACACAGUCAGCCGCUAGGGAGCUUGAAGGACAUCUCUCUGUUCUUGCGCAUGCGUUCUUCUCUAAGUUUAUAACUGUUGCAGCUACAAUGAUAUUGUACUAAGGUGGUCCUUUACAAUACAGUGAUAUUGUACUAAGUUGGUCCUUUACGGGUUAGUGAUAUUGUACUAAGUUGGUCCUUUACGGUACAGUGUACAGUAAGAUUGUA